UAUCGUAUAAUAAAAUACUUUUCAAGUAAACAGUCACGUUUACGCGGAACUAGAUAUUUAAUUCCCAACUGGAUAAUGUGAGAUCUGGUGGGUUAAAUAUUGCUGCAAGAAACCGUUCCACCUGUGAUUGGUUCCCUCCCGCCAUGCUUGCUUGAAUGAAUUUCUUCCCAGGACUCGAGAACCAAAGCUUGCCUGCUGUACCUCCUGCCCACCGCUGUUCAUGCCCAACGCUCUUUACACUCCUUUAUUUUCGCAACACAGUCAAUGUUUUCUCUUCGACAGUCACUGCGGGGACUGUGCUAUCAAAAAUUAUUAUCUCGCCAUCCUAGCUCUGGGCGGAGAUAUCUGUUAACUCUCGCCAUCGAAUCAUCAUGCGAUGAUACUUCUGUGGCCAUUGUUGAGAAGCAUGACGGCUUGUCAUCGUCAUCCUCCUCUCCAUCCCGCUCUUCCCUCCAUUUCCUGGAAAACAUAACGGCAGACUCGAGGAAAUACAACGGGAUCCACCCAAUCGUGGCACUUGAUUCCCACCAGGAGCAUGCAGCAAAGCUGAUAAAUAAGGCUUUGGCAUAUCUCCCCGCGGCCGAGCUUACGGACCCAAAGGAUGUGGGACGGAUAAUCACCCUCUCUCCUCACGCCACUUGGGGGAUCGCGCCGCUCUUACGGAGGAAGCCGGAUUUUAUCUCAGUCACAAGGGGUCCAGGAAUGCGAUCAAACCUAUCUGUUGGAUUGGAUACGGCCAAGGGACUCUCUGUGGCCUGGCAGGUUCCCAUUGUUGGCGUACAUCAUAUGCAAGCGCACCUGCUUACACCCAGGUUUGCAACUUCUCUCCAGCAACAACGGGAUGCCAAGGCAGAUACAGAGUUCAUUAGCAGUCCAAAUUUCCCGUUUAUGUCCAUUCUUGUAUCUGGUGGGCACACAUUGCUUGUACAUUCGAAGUCGAUAGUGGAUCAUGAGGUUCUCGCUUCCACGUUGGACAUUGCUAUUGGAGAUGCUCUCGAUAAGCUUGCCAGGUCUCUUUUACCCCAGUCAUUUCUGGAACAGUCAAAUACCACGAUGUACGGUAAGAUGCUAGAAGCAUUUGCAUUUCCUAAUGGCCAUCGUGAUUUCGUCGACUAUCAACCUCCAGCAACACGAGCGGAGGAAGCCAUGAAAGUGAAGGAUAAUCGGUGGGGAUGGUCCAUACCCCUGCCUUUUGCUCAAAGCAGAAAGUUGGAAUUUACCUUUGCGGGUAUUGCGUCGCGGGCUCAAUCCAUUAUCUCCAACAAAAAGGAUCGGUGGGAGGCGGCUGGGAAUACGGGGGAAGGGUUCAUGUCAAAUGACGAGAGAAUAGAUGUUGCCCGGGCCUUCAUGACCGUGUGCUUUGAACAUCUUGCGUCUCGGACAGUGAUUGCUUUGCAAAACAUUCGCCAACGACAACAGCAAGAACAAAGGAACCAACGGCAAGACCCGACAUACGGAUAUCAGACUUUUGAGGAUGUAAAGCACCUUGUCAUUAGCGGAGGGGUUGGUGCAAAUCUGUUCCUGAGGAAGCUGUUCCGCUCUUUUCUCGACAUUCGUGGAUUUCAACAUCUAGAGGUUAUUGCCCCACCGCCUUAUCUUUGCACUGAUAAUGCCGCGAUGAUUGGAUGGGCAGGGAUUGAAAUGUUCAAAGCUGGAUGGCACUCGGAUCUUCGAUGUCGGCCAUUACGGAAGUGGUCACUUGAUCCUCGCGCUGAGGAUGGUGGAAUCCUGGGGCCAGACGAUUGGAUAAAAACCGAUUCAAUCUAACCCUCUCGAGGAAAAUAGGAAAUCAUGACUUGGAAUGAAUUCAAAGCCGAAUGUCUUUCGUUUUCAACUCUUCUUUUCAUUUUCUUGCAAUGUAGGUUUUGGAUGAAAGAAGAGUCUUUAGCGACAACAUACAUUAAGGACCUAGAACAAGUGGAAAGCUGGUAAUAAAGAGGAAAGAAAUCGCAUUAAAGAACUGGAAACGGAAACAUGCGGAUCAAAACCAAUGAAAGUCGUCUAAACAUGCAACAAAGGAAACGGGACGAUAUUAAGAGGAAGGCAUCACUGCGUUGACAAAAUCUCACAUACUCCUUUCCAAUGACCCUCUUCAUAUGUUGUAAUCUUGGGCAACAGCUCAAAGAUUACCACAUAUGUAUGCAUCAUGACUCGAAAUAUUAAUAACCCAAAGAAAAGGAACCUGUUUAAAGGCAAAUGGCAGACCCGAUGCAAGUUGACUCAGAUGUGUGAAAGGAGAAUUGCCAUGAACACGAAGGCCCGCAAACCACAAAUUUACCAACCGCCACAAACCCGCCCUGCGGCGUUAUCCAACCUAAUACCGUUGGGAAUGCACCAUCCGACGUAACUCUCAUCCUAGGAGGCUCUUUAUUCUAAGCUUCUCUUCAUCAUGGCUAUCGUGACUCCCCCGACUUUCAUUAUCAGAGCUUGCCCUCCUAAAGGAGCUUGGGGUCGUCAUAGGCAAAAGAUUCCUCUGGCCGCGUUCCAAACACUGUUUGACGUCCGAAAUACUUGUUAACCCCAUUCAUUUCCUUCAUUUGCUAGCAGUGGUCUGGAAAAACCCCAGGAUGCGAAACUUCAUACUCAUGAAAUUGGAAUGAACUUACAAGCUUUUCGACAUCCUCCCAAUUUUCUCCCGUGGCCGCUGCCAGUGGGCGCCAUAUUUCAGGCCUCAGCUGAUUGUAGUGUCUUGUUACCUUUUGGACUCUCUCCUCUACCCACUCAGAGCCCUUGCGUUUGGCGGCGAGCCGUUCAUGCCUCUUCCGACACGCGUUCGAGCUCUUGGAAGGGAAGUUUUCUUCCUGAAUUCGGGUCCAGCCAUAGCCUUGCGCACGAGCAGAGAUGAGGAUCUCAUCAUCUUGCUGCGACCACUGUCCCGAUUGACUGCUAGGCGUGGCGGGUGUGGCGGGAGAUGGAGGCACGGCACGCUCUGGCCGUUCGGGAAUGGUCCGACGAUCUAACGUGGAAAUACGCGGUGGUGGCAUGGUACGAGGGGAGCUUUUAUCCUCCCAUGGUGGAGUUGGGCGACGUGCGGUUGCCCCUGCGGCGGCGGCAGGUGUUCGUGUUUGACGCAUGGUGGCUGUCAACAUCGUUGUUCUCGAUUUUGGGUCAGGGUACGGCCUGGAUCGUCUAGAUCCGCGGGGGGUUGUCUGUUUCGGCAUUUUAGUUCGUGUCAGGUCACAGCGAGAAGAGUCACAGGAACGAUCGUGGCUUCAACUUCGAGCACGACGAGUGAGGGAGCUGUCAGGGUAUGCGCUCUGUAUGAACGCGGAGGCCAGCCAAGUCGUGGAACAGUGAUCGACAAAAUAUUUAUACAUGAAGAAAUAGAACAAAUCGCCUCACUCCUCCACCCAGGCCUGCGUCAUGUAUAUUCCUCCUUCUAUCGACUAGAAGGGAGAGGGGCAGUUGGGGCUAGGAAAGGGCGGAAGAAAAAGGUGCUUCUGUUAAAUUAAUCGGCCGAUGGUACAAGAUAUAUGUGCGGCGAGGACGACCGUGCGAUAAACUGUUUUGUUCGGGGGAGGGGAGAAAGAAGAAAAGAAGAGGAAGGGAAAACAAACAAGAAACCAGGCGGACGAACAGAAUAACCACGUGAGAAAAGGCCUGUAAGGGGAACUCUCAGCCUUCAGCAGUGGCUAGCAGAAGCCUGGCUUGACCUGGCACUUGUCUGCUUUUCUUCCCUUCUGUCUUCUUGGUGUUUCUUCUUCUCUUGCUUGAUUUCUUGGGUGAUGGGUUGGUUGGAUUUGUGCGUCCGUGCGAGAGGGUUUUAAAGAAAUACUCAUGGGCUCCCAGCAAGGCUGUAUGUCAUAGGCAUCCACCUGCACCACACCAAAAUGCUUCCAAGAGAAAAACAAAUAAGAAAAAAAAGGAAAGGAAGCAAAGGUUGAAACAUGAAACGAAGUGACAACUAUUUCCUGAUUAAAAGCAAGAAAAGAAAAGAAAAGAAAAGAAAAGUUAUAACAACCUUUUGAGAAAGCUGAAGAAUACCCAAGGUCCCUUGGGAUAUCUAAGCGCCUUUUUUCGGUCUACCCUUGCUCCUUUCUAUUUUGCUUGGUCCUCAGGUUCCGUUUCGUUUCAGGAGGGGGCCGCGCUUUUUUGAUGUUUCAGUGAACAAGAGGACAACCGCCUGCAAGGAAGGAAGGGAGGGUUAGAGCGGAUGGGGUGCGUUAUUGCGAUAUGCGAUAUUCGAUAUGCGGUAUGGGUGAACAAUAUGCAGCGGCGGGUGUAAGCUGGGAAGGACGGGAGGGCGCGAGCAGAAAACCCCUUGGGAUGGGAAGGCGAGACGAACCGAACGAACCCGGUUCGAUUAGAUAAAUAAGUAUACAAUAUAUAUAUAUAUAUAAAUGAUAGGCAAGUAGCUGCUCCAAGUAAUAUGUAUAUAUGUUUCAGCGAAAGUAGCUGCGGGAGGAGAGAAGGGGGGGAGGGAGGGGGGAAGAAAUAAAGCUAGCAGAGUAGAAGGGAAAAUGUCAAGGAAAGAGAGAGGAGGGAGGAAGACUUGUUAGGGGACGAACGAGGUUGAGCGGAGUGGAAGGGAGCGAGUGAGGGAGGGAGUGGGGAGAAAAGCGAUAAUAUAAUCCCAGAUGGGUGGGUGACAAAGCUACAACUUGGAGAAGGGGGUGCAAUGGCUUCGGUUCUUAUAUGAAACUGCAUCUGCGGGCGGGAUCAAAUCAGGCCUGUCCGCUCUUCUACUAGUCGGGAUAUUUUGAUAUUUUGGCUCUUUUUUUUUCAAGAUUUAUAUAUUUAACUAUAUAUUUUCAAACAUUGCGUUGAUGCAAAUCCUUUUCUUUUCUUCUUUUCUUCUUCUCCUUGCCUUGUCCGUUUUGGGAUAGAGGAGCUGGACUCCACGGGUAGAUGAAAGGUUCCUGUUUUUUCAACCUAGACAUGGUGGCCCAGCCAUUCCUAAUUG